CCACUGCGGCCUACAGCUGUAGGCCUGUAGCCUUUGCCUUCCUCUCUGCUGUGGCUCUGCAUCUCAUCGCUGCGGCUUUCAUCCUCGCCACCGGACCUCUGUCGCUCACCUGUUGCCCCCAAGUCCAAAUGAUGAAGUCCCUCCUCUUCUCCGCCCACCCCACGUCGCUGCUCCUCCCCGCUCCCCGCCUUCGCAGGCUCCUCCGCCUCCGCGCCGCCUCCUCUGCCUCCGCUUCCGCGCCGCCCCGAGCCGACCGCCGCUCCCCCGGGACGCCUUCGCGCCGACCAUCCUCCUCCCUCUACGCGCGCCCCAGCCUCCUCGACAUGGAGCGGGAUCGCGCCACCCGCCGCGCCGAUGUCGACGCCUUCCUCACCUCCCUCGGCGUCGACCCGGGCGAACUCGCGGGCCUCGAGCUCCCAGUCACCGUCGACGUCAUGCGGGAGCGCGCGGAGUUUUUGGGUUCCCUCGGGCUCACCCAGGAGGACCUCGCUGCCUACCCUCUCGCUCUCGGCUGCAGCGUGCGCAAGAACAUGGUCCCCGUCCUCGACUACCUCGGCAAGCUAGGCGUACGCCGCGAUGCGCUCCCGGACCUGCUGAGACGGUACCCGCAGGUACUACACGCCAGCGUCGUCGUCGACCUUGCCCCCGUCGUCAAGUACCUCCAGGGUAUGGACGUGAGGCCCACUGACGUGCCGCGCGUGCUCGAGCGCUACCCGGAGCUCCUCGGAUUCAAGCUCGAGGGCACCAUGAGCACUUCCGUCGCCUACCUCGUCGGCAUUGGAGUGGGGAGGCGUCAGGUAGGCAGCGUCAUCACCCGUUUUCCAGAGGUGCUUGGCAUGCGCGUGGGGAAGAUAAUAAAGCCUUUCGUCGAACACCUUGAGGGCAUCGGGCUGCAGAGGUUAGCUAUUGCAAGAAUAAUAGAGAAGAAGCCAUAUGUGCUUGGAUUUGGGCUACAGGAGAAGGUGAAGCCUAACAUUGAGGCUCUUGUGGACAUUGGAGUGAGGAAGGAGGCCCUAGCAUCCAUUGUGAUGCAGUACCCCGACGUUCUUGGACUUGAACUGAGGGACAAGCUUGUUGCACAACAGAGCUUAUUUGAGUCGAGCAUAUUGGUUAGUCGUGAAGAUUUUGGGAGAGUGCUGGAGAGGAUGCCGCAAGCCAUUAGUCUUGGACGAGCUGCGGUUCUGAAGCAUGUUAAUUUCCUCACAGCUUGUGGAUUUAUGCUAUCUCAAGUGAGCAAAAUGGUUGUGGCAUGCCCCCAACUGCUUGCACUAAAUAUAGAUAUAAUGAGGAUGAAUUUUGAAUACUUCAAGAAUGAGAUGGAGAGGGAUUUGGAGGAGCUGGUUGAGUUUCCUGCAUUCUUCACAUAUGGCAUCGAGUCGACUGUGAGGCCUCGGCAUGAGAUGGUGUCCCGGAAGGGCCUCACAUGCUCCCUUGCAUGGCUUCUUAACUGUUCUGAUGCCAAAUUUGAUGAGCGCAUGAAGUAUGAUACAAUUGGGGUUGAGGAAAUGGAGCGUGAGGAUUCUUCUGACAUGAAUGCAUCUGUGGAUGAGGUACCCUGGAACGGGUGAGUUCUACAAGUUCUUUGAGGAGAGCAUUUAUAAGGGCUUGUUCAGUUUCAUCAGAAUCCAUAUCCAUAUGGAUUGGAGGGGAUUGAGUGAGUUUUAAUCCAUAGCAAGUCAAAAUUCUUCAUAAUUUUUUCCAAUCCCUUCCAAUCCAUGAGAUAUAGGAAUAACCGAACAAAAAUGUGCCGGAUGUGGAACUCCCUUAUACAAAUCAUCGACAAAGUUCAACUCAGGUGUGGCUGGCCAGCAUUCUAUGAGGGACUUCCUGGGGCCAUAAAGGCAGACGCCAGACGGUGUGCAGUAUUCUCUCUUGAACACAAGGAUGAGGAAUGAUCAUUGUUCUUUGGCCUUCUAUGCAACCUAACAAAUAUUUUGUUGAACAUUAGGCAGACCCUGAUGGGAGCCGGACAGAGAUCACAUGUACUGCCCGUGGAGGACACUUGGGGCUCAUAUUCAAAGGGGAGGGGUUUAAAACGCCUGCCAACGAGCGACACUGUGUUAAUAGCAUUUCGCUCAAGUUUAUUCCGUCCCCCAAGGAAGCCUGACUGCAGAUGAGCUCUAAUCUGGAACUCAACAACAGAAUAAAUUUGGACUUUUGUUUGUUGCUUCCAUGUGAGAGUUAUGAGAUGGGAUUUGUCAUUCCUCUGACCAUUUUGAAUAUGCUGUAACAAAUUUUCAAUCGCAAGUGCUGGUCUUUGUUGAUAAAAUUAUUGUACCGCAGUCUUAGAAGAAUAGGCCAUGUAUCUGCUCAUACAACAAAUCAAAUACCAUCAUAAAGUCAUCGCAUCUGCAAA